UAUCUAUUCUUCUCUCUACUUCCCUUCUCAUAUCUCCUAAAUAUGCUUGGUUUGCAUUUAGAGGAAACUUUUAAAACCUUUGAAAAUGCUGCAUGUUGGUUGGCUCCAUGGAUGAUAUCUUAUGGAAGUUCCUUGCUGACCUCAUAUAUUCAUUUUAGGUUAUAUGUGAAAUAUUGGCAAAUUCCCUGAAAAAAAAUACUGCAAGAAAUGAAUGAUAAAAGGUUGGUCUGAUGAACUAGGCAAAGAUGAUCUCUCAUUAGGGAGGAGAAGCACAAAUUUCCCAUUUACUUUACCCUGUCAGAAUGACUGAGCUCCAAUAUUGAGAGUUUCAUCUACAAGUAAUUGCUUCUGGUCUCUCAUGAACACUUUGUCUACACAGUGUUUGAUAGAUGAGUGCAAAGAAGGGCCAUAACAUGUUGCAGAGCCCAUUCACCUUUCUUUCCAUGCCUGGGAAGAAAGCCUGCAGUUGCAGAGCAGUAAUUUGUAGAAAACUGAUCCAUGGCCAGUGGCCUGUUUGGGCUGAUGUAGUCCUGUGCACUCUGUCUGGCCAUACCUGGGACCACACAUAAGAGCUUGCUAUUAUUUAUUCUGUCUCGUCCUGUGGGUCGCCUCCUCUUGCUCUCAAGGGAGGAUAUUCCCCCUGCUUCUGGGACAGCCCUCCAGCAGUCGACUGGAGCACUGUGAGGACUGCUGGUGAUCUUCUGCCAACCAGAAGAUGCCUCUCUGGCUUCAGCUUUUUAACCUUUUUAGUAAAAUGUUCAGGUAGAGAAGUUUGUAAGGUACAGGAAGGGGAAGAGAGGGAGUUACAGCUUAAGCAGCAAUGGGAAUGAUGGAUUCACUCCUGCAGUGCUUACUCAGGACUCUUACAAAAGGCAAGUGGUUGUCAUAGUGUAACAGAUGUGCUUGUUCUUGAAUUAACUGCGGUGGAUGCUGUCAUCAUUGUACGUGUCUAGUAGUUAAUAUUUUGUUCAGAAAGCUGCUAUGUGCUACAUAUUAGACAUGGGAAUGAGAAGUUCUGCAAUUGGAUUGUGUUGAUCUCAUCAGAUAGGUUCUGUGGAAGACAAAAUAUGAGAAGGUCUCUAGGUUUGCUUGUACUAUUAAAUGAAAAAAUUAGUAUCUAGGAGCAGUGUUAAGCUAUACAGACAAAUGUCAGCCUGAUUCCUAACUCAGUAAGGGACAAAGCUUCUCAAACAUAUCACAUAGAGUGACUUCAGGAUACCGAAGCAGUAAAUCAUAGAGUAAUUUGGGUUAGAAGGAAUCUCUGCAAAAAUCCUCUUUCCUUUGCUCACAGCAGGGCAAAAUUCCAAGGUAGACUGGCCUGACCAGGGUUUAUCCACUGAAGUUUUCAAUAUCUGUAAGGUUGAAGAUUUCAUUUCUACCUAUCUUGACACCUGUUCCAGUGUUUGAACACCUUGUGAAAUAUUUUUUUUUCUAGUCUCUAAUUGAAGUUUCCCUGGCUACAACCUGUGUCUGUUGUCAGAAAGUUAAGAGAGAGAACAGAAAAUACUUAAAGCACAGUAAGAAGAAGAGGCCCAUGAAAGAGACUUUACUGUACCUGAUGGUUGGCAGGUAAAAUGUAUUGAUGGAAGGAUCACAUUGCUUAAAAGAAUUGCUUCCUGCAUUGACCUAAAAAAAAAAAAAAAGGACAAAGAUCUGAAUGCUAGGAGUGAGUAAAAACUUCCCAAGGAAAAGAACCUUAAUUAUCUUCAGUACUGUGGCCCCUCUGCUGAUUUGUUUGAAAUUGGUCAGCGGUUUCACAAGUUACCAGGAAAGACCAAAAGCUCCAGGAGUCGGGUCUCAUUUCCUUAGGAAACCAGAAUUUAAACAAACCGUCACAGAUGGGUGCCUGGCUCAGAGUAAAGGACAUGCAGUGCACAAUCUCUAGCAGAAGUUGAAAAUGGAUGAUGCCUACUGAUGCUUUUCGAUGAUGUCAUCUCCUUUUUUCCUGUUUGAGAUGUGUGAUAGGAAAAAGUUCUAAGACAAGACUGACUGACCUCUUCAUCCCUUGACUUCUCUUUCUGCAAGUCUAAAAACCAUCUGAAGAAAUGACCACUCAGCUACCAGAGGAGUCCCUGGAGACCCAGAGCUCAGAUGAGCUUGAGUGCAAGAUAUGUUACAACCGCUAUAACUUGCGACAGAGAAAACCGAAAGUGCUGGAGUGUUGUCACAGAGUAUGUGCCAAAUGCCUUUGCAAGAUCAUAGACUUUGGUGAUUCCCCACAAGGAGUCAUAGUGUGCCCGUUUUGCAGGUUUGAAACAUGCCUGCCAGAUGAUGAGGUUAGUAGUCUUCCUGAUGACAACAAUAUCCUUCUAAAUUUAGCUUGCGGGGGAAAGGGAAAGAAGUGCCUACCAGACAACCCAACGGAACUGUUGCUGACUCCCAAAAGGCUGGCAUCUCUAGUUAGCCCUUCUCACACCUCUUCUAAUUGCCUGGUUAUAACAAUCAUGGAAGUACAAAGGGAAAGUCCUCAGACUCUGAACUCAACCCCCGUGGUGGAAUUUUACAGGCCUACAAGUUUUGACUCUGUUGCAACUGUGUCCCACAACUGGACAGUGUGGAACUGCACAUCCUUGCUCUUCCAGACCUCAAUUCGGGUGCUAGUGUGGUUGCUAGGUUUGCUGUACUUUAGUUCCUUGCCUUUAGGGAUUUAUUUACUGGUAUCUAAGAAAGUUACCCUUGGGGUUGUCUUUGUAAGCCUUGUUCCUUCGAGCCUUGUUAUUCUCAUGAUUUAUGGCUUUUGCCAGUGUGUUUGCCAUGAAGUUCUAGACUGCAUGUCAUCUUGAUAACAAAUAUAGUAAAAUAAGAUGUAUUACCAGAUGUGUAGCAUAGUUGAUUUAUCCUGUCUUUGUAUUCUUAUUUGUUCUUAUUGUUGUCCAUCCCACUAAAUGGAAGCAGUAGCCCUAGUUAUAUGGUCCUUUUUUUUCCCUACUGAAUUUGAUUCCCCCUACCCAGAGCUUUUUUUUGAGCUAAAAAUUGGAAAUAAAAUUUACAUGUUGAUUUUCAAAGGCCAAGUUUUAGAAAGAGAUAAAGCAAAAUUGCCAAACUUGGUGCCGCCUACUGCUGCCACUGUUCAAAUGAGUAGCCCUUUGCUUUCUGUUGGCUUCAUCAAGUCAGUCCAGGCUGCAGGAUCCACCUAAAAGAAAUUAAUGUAACAGGCACCUUCCAGGUCCAAGUACUGCAUGUCUUCACCCAAAGCAUCUCAUGCUUUGUAAUAUCUGUUGUUUAUCAUCCAUUGUUGCUUAAAACAAAUCAAAUCACUUUGUUAGUUAAUAUUAAAUGAAGAAUAAGACAAGCUACCAUUGCUUAUUUAAGUUCUCGUUACAGCAAAAAUACAUGUAGGAGGCCAGUGGUUAUAGUCUCGCCAUAUUCUGCAAAAUGAGGAAUCUUUUUUUACCAUCUAAAAACAUGUCUCCAGAACACUUUCCCCAAAAGGAAGCCUAUUUUUCUUAUCACACAGUUGUAGCUCACUGUGAAAUAUUCCUGCUAGUGAGUACUUCCAGGGACCCAGCCACAUAUUUGCUGUUCUCCAGGUGCACUUAUUUCAGUGUACAUACACCUUAGGGCUUCCCUUUGAGAGUUCAGAGCUCUGCAGACUUCUCUAGAUAUGUUCUGUUGCGCUUACCCUCCCUUCCAGCAUUUCCACCACCACCCCACAUUUCCAAGCCACUAGUCCUCCUAACAAAUGAACAACCUCAUGCACAUGUACUCUGUGGUAGUUAUGCUGGAGAAUUUGACUUAUGUGACUUCAGCUCUCAAGAUAAACUUUUAUUCCCAACCAUUAGGAAAUGGAUCUUUAAUCACUAAUACAAAUUGGAAAAAAGUUCUGAAAUGAUUAACUGGUUUUUUGUUUAUUUUUUUUCUCUUUCUGAGUUCACAGAAUGAGCAAUUUGAGGAGAUACUAUGACUUUAGGAAGGUUUCUGUUUAAGGCAUAGUUCUUCAAAAUGUUUAAUAUUCUGAACUCCCUCUGUCACCAUUGUCAGUUGAUGGCAUUCUAGAUGUGGCAAUUAGAAUGCCUUGAUUAGUGGGGCUCAGAGGAAUUACUGAUAAUUUAUCAUUCCGCAAAUAGACCCAGGCCCUGUAAGGCGUGCUUAUAUGUUGCAUGGUUUAGGCUUCUUUUUGAACUACUGGAAGAGCACAAAAAUAAGUAAUAUUUAAUGUUUAUGUGUAUAACUAGGUCUAGUCAAUGCCACAACUGCAAACUGGUUUUCCUGUGCACAGCAGAGUAAAAGCUGAAACGGAGUUGAGCAGUGCAAGGCUGGUUUUAGGCACAAGAUUUAGUCAUUUCGGGGCAGUGUAAAAGGGAGAUGGAUUUGUUGCAUGAAAACUGAAUGUAUGACCCAACAAUAUACUCUUAGAGCUAACAGACUUUGGUAAGAAUGAAAAAUGACAGUGGGAAAAGCAGAGCCUAAGUGGUUGUUGUGUCUGUCAAAAGGAUCUGAAAUUAAGCUGGUCCAAUUUUUGUAGAUGGCAAAAGUGGUAUCUACAGUUAUAUUCCUAUUGCAAACAUAGAGAAAAACAAGGAAAUGUAAAGGUUCUGCUUUUCUUGACACUCAGUUUCUAAUAGUGCGUAUAUAUGUGUGUGUAUGUACAUAUAGACACAUAUGUAAGAAGAAAACAUAGCAAAGUUAUAGUUUUCAAGUGUUUGGGGUUAUGGAGCUGUGUAUCGAAUGAUUAAAGGAAAUGUUUCAGACUUUUCUGUAAUGACAAUAAUUAUAACUAAAAUAUUUUCAGAAUUCCUAGAAAUAACUAUUCCUAAGUAAUUGUUUUUAACGUCUGUGUAAAGCACAUGUAGUUAGAAGAGGUAUCAUCUCCAGUUCUGGUAUACUGCAAGGUUUGACUCAUCUAUGAACUCAUAAAUUUUAAGUAUCCAACAACAAUCGUGUCAAAAAGCAAGAAAAAAAGAAACCUAUGUGGUUUUAUAGUACUUCAUAACUUUGGGAAAAGAUGUAUUUGUAGUGUUAGGGAUUUACAUGUUUUAGGAUUUGUUCAAUUUGUCUGAAUACAGUGUCUCUAAUAAAGGGCUGACUGAUAGAGGAA